UUAAACAUGUCAUGUCCCCUUGUUGCUUGUAAUGUAAUAUAGCAUUGAUCCCUAUAAAUAGCAGCAGAAACCCCAAGCCUUAUUCGAACAUCUCACAAACCAGCUUUUUUUUGUUUGUUCCUUUGGUUUUUCUUUCUACGUAGAGUGUGGGUGGGAGAGAGAAUGAAGUCCAAAGGUUUUGUAUUUGUAUGUCUUCUUCUUGUGUCUGCUUUGGUUGUUUCGUGGGCUAUAGAAUCCCACACUGAGUCAACCCAAGAUGAGCAACAAGUGAAUCUAGCCAAUGACAUAGAAGAGUCUAAAAAUAGACAAGGUGGCGGUGGCAGUUAUGGAGGAGGCGGCGGAGGGUCUAGUGGAGGAGGAUCUAGCGGUGGCGGUUAUGGUGGAGGUGGGUCUGGUGGUGGUGGCAAGGGCAGUGGAGGAUCUGGCGGGGGCGGUCAAGGAGGCAGCGGUGGUGGAGGCCAUGGUGGUGGAGGGUCCGGCGGCGGAGGCGGUUAUGGAGGAGGUGGGAAAGGAGGGGGAGGGAAAGGUGGAGGAGGUAGUGGAUCGAGCGGUGGUGGUAAAGGGGGCGGAGGAAGUGGGUACGGAGGAGGAGGAAAAGGCGGUGGAGGAGGAGGGAAAGGUGGCGGAGGUGGUGGAUAUGGCGGUGGUGGAAAAGGCGGGGGAGGAAGUGGGUCCGGAGGAGGUGGGAAAGGUGGUGGAGGAGGAGGGAAAGGUGGCGGAGGCGGUGGAUAUGGAGGUGGAGGAGGAGGGUCAGGUGGAGGGGGUAGAGGAGGAGGAGGAGGAGGAGGAGGGUAUGAAGAUAGCGAGUAUAAAAGAGGAGGCGGAGGUUGGGGCGGAGGCGGUGGUUGGAAGGGAGGCGGCGGUGGCGGAGGUGGAUGGAAAGGCGGCGGCGGCGGCGGAAAAGGUGGUGGCGGAAAGUGA